GAGAACCGCCGAGUUCUUGGACGCCCGGUCCGGGAUGAAAUCGCCGGAGCCUCCCCGCGAAACUCCUCCCGGAAGCCCCGGGCGGCGCGACCGGAAGGACGCAGGCGCAGCAUCUUGACCUCGGCCGGGUCCAGUUCCGGGGUCGCUCGGCUCGGCUGUGCCAGUUCGGCGUCGGGCUCCCGCUUCUGCUGGCCGGGGCUGCUGCCUCUCGCCCACCGGCCCGGCCGGCCCGAGCAGCGCGGAACCGAGCCGGAUCCGGGUCCACCCGGCCCGGCCAUGAGCGCUGCCGCAUGAUGCGUCGCCGCCCGCGCCGUUGCAGCCGCCGGCCGCCGGGAGUCUCAGCACUGGGCGACCCCGCCCGGGCCUCGGGCCACAUCACACAGGACAGCAUGCGGCUUACAGUCCUGAAAAAAAGGCACAAGUGCUCCCAUGAUGCUUAGAAGCAACUUGUAAGGAUCCCAGCUCAUACUGGAGACCAGCUGAAACACCCAGCCUCGUGGGACGGAGCUGCUACUAAAUUCCCGGCCUUCCCGUUUGCAUCUGCGUCGUUGGGUUAGUUGGCCUGCAGACUGGUGUGUCAGGGAAUCAUGCAGCCAUCGGGACAUAGGCUUCGGGACAUCGAGCACCAUCCUCUCCUGACUGACAAUGACAAUUACGACUCAGCAUCCUCCUCGUCCUCCGAGACUGACAUGGCAGACAGGGUGUGGUUCAUCCGAGAUGGCUGUGGCAUGGUCUGUGCUGUCAUGACAUGGCUUCUCGUCGUCUAUGCAGACUUCGUGGUAACCUUCGUCAUGCUGCUGCCUUCCAAAGACUUCUGGUACUCCGUGGUGAAUGGAGUCCUCUUCAACUGCUUGGCGGUGCUCGCGCUGUCCUCCCAUCUGAGAACCAUGCUCACUGACCCGGGUGCUGUCCCCAAAGGCAACGCCACAAAGGAGUACAUGGAGAGCUUGCAGCUGAAGCCGGGUGAGGUGAUCUACAAGUGCCCCAAGUGUUGCUGCAUCAAGCCGGAACGUGCCCACCACUGCAGUAUUUGCAAGAGAUGCAUUCGAAAGAUGGACCAUCACUGCCCGUGGGUGAACAACUGCGUAGGGGAGAGGAAUCAGAGGUUCUUCGUGCUCUUCACCAUGUACAUAGCUCUGUCUUCAGUCCAUGCUCUGAUUCUCUGUGGGCUUCAGUUCAUCUCCUGCGUCCGCGGGCAGUGGACAGAGUGCAGCGACUUCUCUCCUCCCAUAACUGUAAUCCUGUUGGUCUUCCUGUGCCUUGAGGGCCUCCUGUUCUUCACCUUCACCGCAGUCAUGUUCGGCACCCAGAUCCACUCGAUAUGCAAUGACGAAACAGAGAUCGAGAGGCUGAAGAGCGAGAAGCCCACGUGGGAGCGCAGGCUGCGGUGGGAAGGGAUGAAGUCUGUCUUCGGGGGCCCUCCCUCUCUCCUCUGGAUGAACCCCUUUGUUGGCUUCCGAUUCAGGCGGCUGCAGAUGAGGACCAGGAAAGGAGGCCCUGAGUUCUCUGUCUGAGCCUUCAGGGCAGGAAUGUCUGCAGACAUCCAUGCUCAGUGGCCUGCAUGCACAGCAGCCUUGUGGGCAGAUGGAGCGGGCCAGCUGAUGGGGCCAUGAGCAGCUUCAUGGACCACGGGCCACAGGCACUUGUCAUUUCUCUUGUGUACUGCCAGGAGAAGCAUGCAGUCCCGGGAGGCCAUCCUCUCCCCAUCCUGACCCUUGGGAUGUCGCGUGGGCCGUGAGCACCCAGGGGUGGAGUUGCUUCUCGGCCAUGAGGAAAGCCAGCACAGCAGCUGCUGGUGUCCUGCUGGCCCCUCCCCAGCACCCCCUUACGGAAGGAAGGGGUGCCUGCCACAGAGACUCUGACACCCAGCACUGAACAGUGAAAGCAGCUUCCAGAACACUCUCUGCUGCCCCGGAACGGGCAUCCUUUGACCCUUCCAGCAAGUCUGUGUGUGCUCAUCCUUGUGUGUCUGUGGUGUGUGUGUGUGUGUGUGUGUGAGCAUGUGUCAGAAUCAGCAGUGUCGUGGAGGCACGUAUGUGGUAGACAAGCUGCCUUUCGGACUCCAGUGUUUCAGGGAAGUGGGACGCACUGCCGGCCCUUGCUGGCCGACUACGAAUGUAUCCUACAGUGUCCAGAUCCAAAGAACAGGCAUGCCUGCGCAUGGGCCCGGCCUCCUGCGUCUGUUUCACUGAAAAGGUGGUGUAGAGGGCAUGGAGCUGAGGUUUUGUUGUUCCAGCCAAACUAGCAACUGCAACAGUCUCUCAACAAGGAGAGUGGUAGCCCAUGCUGAGGCCCAGCGCUGGGGGCAGGGGCCGCAGGGUGAGACAGCCUGGUGCCUGAGCUGUCAGAGUGGUGACAUGUGACUAUUUCUCUACCCAUGGCACCGCAGUCAGUGGAGCCUUGGUGCGGGCUUAGAAUCCCGUCAGUACACAAACAGCUCCCCUCAGGGGACUUGCCUUAAACUCUGGUUGUUCCUGUGCUGCUGGGCGAGAGCAGUCUGACAGAGUCUGGGGGCUUCCUGAGAGUCUUCUCCCAUGCAGACACCAGUGUUUCCCUCCUGGGACCAGCUGCCUUUCUGUCCCCGGGACACCAUGACUGUUCUUUCAGUGUCAGUCGCUUGUGCCCUGCCUUCAUCUGGGCUCCUGUGCUACUGAGGUGACCCCCAGGGACCUGAGCCGAGACCUCAUGCAGCGAGCAAACUCUGGGGCCCGAGUCCCUGUGGAGGGACAUCGCGGCCUCAGAUGUCUCUGCGUCCCUUUGCACAUGUGUCUGGGCAGUAGGCUCUGGCGGUCUCCCCCUCCAGUGUGGAGUCUGCGGUGAACCCAAGCUGAGUAUACUUGACUUUUCAAUUCCUCAGUGUGAUUUUAUAUGAAAUAAAGUAACCCGUCCACAGUU